AUGCCUGAGCUGGCCAAGUCUGCCCCCAGGCCCAAGAAGGGCUCCAAGAAGGCAGUGAUCAAGACACAGAAGGGCAACAAGAAGCGUAAGAAAAGCCACAAGGAGAGCUACUCGAUCUACGUGUAUAAGGUGCUGAAGCAGGUGCAUCCCAAGACGGUCAUCUCGUCCAAGGCCAUGGGCAUCACGAACUCGUUUGUCAACGACACCUUCGAGCGUAUUGCUGGUGAGGCCUCGUGCCUGGCGCACAACAAGCACUCCAUCAUCAUGUUGUGGGAGAUCCAGACAGCCGUGCAGCUCCUGCUGCCUGGAGAGCUGGCCAAGCAUGCUCUCUCAGAGGGCACCAAGGCCAUCACCAAGUAG